UACGUACCGUCCUCCACUCUGCGCUGAUGCAGGGGGGUUCCAUCAUGGCGUCGAUGCAGAAAAGGCUACAAAAGGAAUUAUUAGCCCUGCAAAAUGAUCCACCCCCAGGAAUGACGCUUAAUGAGAAAAGUGUACAGAACACCAUCACCCAGUGGAUUGUAGACAUGGAGGGAGCACCUGGCACACUGUAUGAAGGAGAGAAGUUUCAGCUGCUUUUCAAAUUUAGUAGUCGAUAUCCUUUUGAUUCACCUCAGGUAAUGUUCACAGGAGAGAAUAUACCUGUCCACCCACAUGUGUAUAGCAACGGUCACAUCUGUUUAUCUAUUCUGACGGAAGAUUGGUCGCCAGCCCUCUCAGUGCAAUCAGUUUGUCUUAGCAUUAUAAGCAUGUUGUCCAGCUGCAAAGAAAAGAGACGACCGCCUGAUAACUCCUUUUAUGUAAGAACAUGUAACAAAAAUCCAAAGAAAACAAAAUGGUGGUAUCAUGAUGAUACAUGCUAAUGUACAAACUUUGUAAUAAUCGUAGAAGAAAGAAGUCCUACUGACCUACGUAAAGCACUUUUUAAUCAUUCAGUCUUUGAACUCUGACCUUUGACUGGAACCAUGGAAAUAAUACGCUGGAGGCUCUUGACUGCAUUUCUCCAGUGGGCAGUUGGCUGCAUGUUUUAGUUGGUUGUAAUAUAGAAAACGAAAAUAAGCGAACGUUUAGACGCACCCAAGAACUAUCGUGUUUGCCGAAACGGUCGAAAUGCAGCAAACAAGAAAGGCAGAUUUAUAGUGGGGUAAUUAAAGUUCCUGUUUUAAAGAUUAUUAUUGUUUUUUUUUUUUUCUUUUUUUCUUUUUGUGUGUGUGUGUGGGUGCAUUUUAAGGUCCUUGUGUUGUGCAAUAAUAACUGAUGGAUGCAUGCUUGGGCCUACAAAGAGAAAUCCAAAACUAAUUGUCUUCUGGAAGGGAUCUGACCAUCAAAACCCCAAGAAAAUGCUUCAUUUUUUAUUUUUAUUAUGUUAUUAUAUGCACUGUGAAAGUAUCUAGUUUGAAAAGGAACUAUUCGUACGUUUUUCCCAACUUGCAGAUGUACUGUAAGCAGUUCUUCACUUAUCAGGUUUGAGGGUUUUUAGUUUAUAAUCUCUGUUUCAAGAGUAUAUAGUUUUCUUCAUCUUCCAACUCGAGACUCAGUUGCAGUUCUUCCUGCUGUUGGGUGUGAUGUCGGUACAGAUGGGUAUAAAACAGAUUAUGAUCAUAGAUCAUGUGAUCAUCUGAUGACCUCAGUGUACAUCUCCUCAUAAGGUUGGAGUAGUCCUCCCUAGUCCCAGCCUUUAAAGGUGUGCAGCAGCCUCUCUUCCAUUUAAAGAAUGUCUGUUAGAGUACAUUGUCACAUGAUCCAUUUUUAUUUGUAUAAUACUUUUUCUUUUUUUUAUGACAUGCUUUAAGUUUCUUUCCUCUGAUAUGUUUCAUUUUAAAUGUCUGUUUUUGUACUUUUUUUGAGUAGUGGAUACUUUGAAAAGGGGGUUGUUUUGAUGGGUCAGUUUGUUUUUGAGUCUUUUUUUUUGGGUAUUAUUUAAUUGAAAUCCUUGAUCUCAAAAGCAUUAAUGAAUGAUGAACAGGAGAGUACCUGUAGAAGUCAUACAGACAAGGUGCUUGAGAUCACUCCCCCCUCUCCCUGGUCAGAGUUUUGGCUCAGGUACUUUUUUCAUUAAAGAGAUCACCUCGAAAACUAUACCUAUUAGAUAUUUUGAAUUUAGCUAUAUUUUCACCAAAAGAGACUGUUAUGUUGUGAACUUAAAUCAGAAACUAUUGUAAAUAAGUCUUUAAAAAUGGUGAAGGAUGCGACAAAACUUAGCAGAGGAUGCAUUUACUUUAAAGCUGAAUGAUAAUAGGAGUGCUUUAUUUCAUUGGAAGUCAGUCUGCAUCUUUUGCUAAUUAGGAUGUGUACAGUCAACAGCAAACACAUAAGUUGAUUUAGAAAACAAAAGCAGUAGUUUUACAGUGAGGAUGCAUGCAGUUUUAACUCCUACGUUUUCUUAUUGGCAUCAACUUUGUGACAGCUUUUAGUCCUUCCAUGAAUUAGGUUAUAGUUUAUUGGAUUGAUAUUACAAAGCUGACCUCCAGAAGCUGUGGUCACUUCAGACUGUAAUUACUCCAUUCCUAAACAAAUGUUUAUCACCAUCCAGUCAGAGAUACUUGAAUUUUCCAUCUUGGUUUGUUUGUAUUUACUUUUUCUCUUUUUUUUCCCCAAGGUCUAGCUGAGUUUCUUGAAUGAACUUGAGUGAAUGUGAUGAUACUCUAUCCUGUAGAGGAGAUUACCACAGCACACUAUUUAAAAAAAACUAUAUUGAUAACUGAAAGACAUCUAUUUAACCGAUGAGAUUUUAUUUUAUUAUUUUUUUUCUUUUUUUGUUAUGGGUCUUGUCAGCUGGCAGUGAUGUGCUGUGAGAAAAAAAUGGUAAAAUGAUUGUGUAAAUGCAGUCACAAACAGCAUUAUUGCAGAGACAGAAGGCCUUCAUCCAACAGGCAGUAGAUCAGAGGAGAUUUGAAAAGCUUUUGGGUGAAUAUGUUUCACAGGUUUGGAUGUUUUAUAUUUUCUUUGUUUCUUUUUUUUUCUAGGUUGCUUUCUUCCCCCUUUUCAAUGUGGUUUGAAGUCUUAUCUUGCAGGUUUUUGAGUGAUCAGCACUAAUGAGGGUGUGUUUAUUUAUAUUUGAAAUUUUGUUCUGGGAUGUGCAAGCUCCAUGUAAUAGGUGCCUGUUCAUUUUCAUAAUCAAUAAUAAAAGCAAAGAUUCACUUUUA